AUGUCAGAAGGGGGCAGUGUGUCGUCUCUUCGCACUUGGACCGUCCCUAGGCUGAUGUCCAGACGGAGUAUUGCAUAUCCCGCUACUGCCAGGAAGGCUGAGUUAUACCGGUUAUUGGUCGUUAACUCAGGCCCUCAGCAGCAGGAAGAAGUCUCCACGGUCACGGUUCAGAACUCGCUGACACAAAUCCAUCUGUUGCUGAAUAACUUGACUUCAUCCGUCACGGAUGUGCAAACCAGGUUGCAAGCGGUUGAGUCACGUUGUUUUGCUACUACUCCGCAUACCAUCGAUGCCGCUGUUCCAUCCACGUCUACGGCGACAGGGGCAGGUAUCCCUGUGACUGCGCCCAGUAUUAUGCCGGCACAUUUUGUUCCUGCCAAUCUAAAGAAGGACAUCCUGGAAGGUAGAGAUGUCAAUCUAGCAUCCUUACUGGUCGCUACCCGGGAUCUGUCUGAUAGUAGGGUAAUUGCCUGUGGGGAUGUGUCAGUGAUCCUGAAAGGCCGUGACCAUAGGCUGAACCGCAAGCUCACGGUUCCUGAAUUUGUGCUCGCAUUUAGUUUAUACAGAGACGUAAUCUGUUCAGUUCGUCCCGAGAGAAGGGAAGAACUUGACUUGUACUUGUUCAGAAUAACUGAGUUGGGGUACAAGUAUGGUGGUAGUUCCUUCUACGACUACCAUUGUUCUUUCUCGGCCAAGGCAGCUGCCGCCUUAAGCCAGUUCCAGUUUGUUACCAACUGGGCCAACAUUGAUACAGAGAUUUUUUAUUUCAAUGACCAGUCACAACGUAAUGAAGAUCAGGUCAUGUACAAAUAUCUGAAUGCUCAGCGCAAGGCUCAGACGUAUGGCAUCUGUUUUGCAUUUAGCCAGUCCUUCAUACAUUUCACCUAUGCUGCAAGCUACCGUUUUGGGGGUUAUAUGAUUGAAAUUGGAAGGAUGAACCCAGAGGACGUAUUUCUGGUGUUUUCUUGCCUGGCGUAUGGAGCUCUUUCUGUAGGACAAACAUUAUCCUUUGCUCCUGAUUAUGCAAAAGCCAAAUCUGCAGCUUCCCAUUUGUUUAAAUUAUUCAACUCUGAACCAUCUAUAGACAGCUACAGCAAGGAUGGACUGAAACCAGAAACAUAUGAAGGAAAUUCGGAAUUAUCCAAAGUGUCCUUCAAUUAUCCAUCUCGUCCAGAUGUGCCUGUUCUGAAAGCACUAUCAGUUGCAAUAUCAAGAGGAGAAACAGUGGCAUUUGUAGGUAGCAGUGGAUGUGGAAAAAGCACCUCUAUUCAGCUUCUCCAGAGAUUCUAUGAUCCAUCCCAAGGAGCAGUGCUGUUUGACAAAGGAGAAGCCAAAAAUUUGAAUGUUCAAUGGUUAAGAAAUCAGAUAGGAAUUGUGUCCCAAGAGCCAGUGCUGUUUGACCGCAGUAUUGCUGAAAACAUUGCCUAUGGGGACAACACUCAUGAAGUGCCUAGGGAGGAGAUAGAACAAGCUGCAAAGGCUGCAAACAUUCACUCCUUCAUAGAAGAGCUGCCAGAGAAAUAUAACACAUCAGUUGGAGGUAAAGGAACUCAACUGUCUGGAGGUCAAAAGCAGAGAAUCGCUAUUGCCCGGGCACUGAUACGUUCUCCAAAAGUUCUGCUGCUUGAUGAAGCCACCUCAGCACUGGACAAUGAAAGUGAAAAGGUUGUACAACAAGCCCUAGAUCAAGCACGGAAGGGAAGGACUUGCAUUAUGAUUGCUCAUAGACUGUCCACAGUCCAGAAUGCAGAUCUCAUUGUCGUAAUGAAAAAUGGAAGCGUAAUAGAAAAGGGAACUCACCAACAGCUUCUGGCAAACCGAGGGGAGUAUUAUGAACUUGUGAAUGCACAGACUAUAACCUAAUCUAAGAUAAGUGGAUGGUGACAUCUGGAUAUAAAAUGAGCUGCAUACUAUGGUGGUGUGGAGAGUCAAGUCUAACAGUCACGACUGAGACACUGCUGCUGAAUACAAGACCAUAAAGAAGUGCAAACAGCAUAAAGAGGACAAACUGUUGAGUCAUAUAAAUCCCAGCUUGGGUUUAAGUCUUAAGAAUGCUGUGACUAACUGAGACUCAACGGUUCAACCUUUAUUGAUGGAAAUGGUCAAUAAGUGUGUCUAUACACGUAAAUGAGGAUCAUUAUAAGUAGGGCAUUCACGUUCUCUGCCUUUAUAAAUAAGUAUGAAGAGAUACCUCUAACUUUGAAACUUGAGCAUGCUACUGUUACUUUCUAUACAAAGGCAGGAAUUAGGAUGAUAGAUCAAUAGAUAGAUCGAUUAAGCCAUCGAUAAAUGAUAAAUAAAUAGAUAUGAUAUGUGCAAAUAAUUAUUUUUAACAAUAAAAUAGAAAUGAUUUGCUGUUUUCUUUGAUAUCCACUCAUCAGUAAUAUGAGCUGGAAAAAAUGUGCUAUAUGAGAUGCUUGCUUAGUUACAUUUAAAUUAAAUGUUCUCUUUUUAAAACCAUUUUAAGCUCAGCAUUCUGUACAGAACCAUUUCUUAAUCUUUAUACCACUUACUAUUCCCUGCAUAGACUAAGUUCUGUUAUACAUUUCUGAUUGUCUUUGGCUGCCUUUAGUGGGAGCUUAGGGGUGUGACUGCAUUUUGUUUAUUGGCAAGUUCAGUAUACAGUAUAAACUGUAUGCAAUCAUUUCCUAAAAUUUCCCUACCAAUGCCUGCAGGCAGCCAGAAUUUUCUUUUUAAACCUCUGGCUCAGAUUUUCUCAUCGUAAAGAUGGCGUAAGCUUAGACAGGCUGUGUAGACCUGCACCAGAUGUAUCACAGGGGCUCAGGCUGGAUGAUUAAUCUGGUGCGGGGAUAGACACUUCUCUGACUCUACGACAACUAUUGUUU